CCCAGGGCUGCCCAGUGAGGAGGGAAGGGUGAGAGAGUAUUCUUGCUGUCAAGACUGGGAAAUGAGGGCCACGAUUCAAAGGCUUGCUUCCUAGGGAGUAAAUCUCACCCGAUGUCCAGGUGUGCAAAUGCAGCAGACACAUUUGUGGGUCAGAUUCUGUCCAGAGAUAUCAGAAUGUCUAUUCCUGUACACCCCCACCUCUGGCAUGGGACACAGCCCUUCCCUGCACACAAAUGGGUUGUCAAUUACGUCCAAUGAAUGGCCUCCCGAGAGCCCUGUUGGGGAAGGGAUUAUCUGCUCAUCUCCUGUAAAGCACAGAGCCACACUCAGAACCUAUGGACUGCGAUCGCCUGCAGGCCAGCCACGGGCUUUCCCGUCAUCCUCACACUUAGACUUUGAAGCCUCGCCUUUGAAUCGGAAGCAGGCCGCUGUCAUUCCAGAGGCCCCUGUUCAUCUCUGGCUUCCUUCCAGAUGACCAGGGGCCCCGGGUCCCUGGGCUGCCUGGGCCAGGACAGCCGCCUUAGGAGCAAAUGGAAAUGCAGCUUCCGUGGCUUGUUUGCCUUCCUGUAACCCCUUCCCUCUCACCUUCGGUCAGGGCCUGCUGUCUUGCACGCACCAGUGCUUAGUGCCAUGGUGAAACCGAGGCGGGGAGGACGCAGGAGGACUGGCACAGGAGGGGGGCACCGCCCCGGGAGCUUCCCCUGCGUCAAAGCAGCUUCCUCAGUGAGCUCCAACACAGAUCCUUGCUGACUUCAGUCUGGAAAGCCUGACAGUGCCACCCUAGUUCCUGGGCCUUGGAAAGGCCAAAGCCACGAGCAGGCAGCCACUGUUUCACAGGAGAGCUAGAGACGCUGUUGCCCACAGACAUCAAAGCAGGGGUGCCGUCUUCCGUGUGCACAUUGGCAUGGGUCUUGGAGGCCCAGAUUAGCUCCUGGCUUGAACUUAUAUCACCCUUACCUGAAAAUCUGCGUCUGCACCGCUCAUCUGCACGCCCCUUGAGGGCAGGGACCAGGCCCCCUCUGUGUGGCCCCAGCACUUGGCCGAGUGCAGGCGCGUGCGGGUCGAGUUGAGCUGCUAUUUGCUGACGGGAAUUUGGGGGCAUGUCGCUUGUCCUCGUUGAGCCUCCAUUUCCUGGCCUGUCAAACUGGGGCAAUGCUCCUGUUAUCCACACAGUGUCAUUUAAGGGUGACAUGAGAGAUGGCAUGAAGUACCCAGCAUAGGGCAGGUGCUUACAGGCUGUGGGGUCCCCACCCUACUGACACACCAAGCACACGUCUGCCCUGCCAUGGUGGGGAGCAAACAACUUUAGGGUUCCGACUCCCCGGGAGGCCAGGCCGGGCAUUUCACUGUAGGAUGUUGAAGCCGCAGGCAGUCGUCACUGCGAGAAGAGGCUCUGAGGUCCGCUGUCUCCUGGGCAGCCUGGUGGGAAGGAAGGAGUUGGCAGCGGCCCCUCACUCUGCCGGCCUCUCCUGCCCUUUGUACUCCACGAGGCGCGAGGAAGUUGCCAGGUCUCCCAGCAGAGGGAGGGGUGAUGUCCCCUCUGUUCUUCCUAAUUUGUUGCUAAUCAGAUUCUGCUUGCAGCCGGGCUCUCUGGGGAUGAAUCUAAUAAAGGAGGCGGCGACCUGGAGAGGACAGACGACAAGUGACCGGGGGGGACAGCACUUCUUUUAGUACAUUUUCCGGUUAGACUCAGAGUAUUAGAGACCCAAGGAUUCCCAAGGAGGAUCGAGGGCGUCCCUGCCUUUGAGGAGCAGACAGGACACUGCCAGGCGUUUGCCUCAGCAUGGAGGGCGGGGCCGCGGCAUCCACCCCCGCAGCGCUGCCUUACUACGUGGCCUUCUCCCAGCUGCUGGGCCUGACCUUGGUGGCCAUGACUGGAGCUUGGCUCGGGCUGUACCGAGGCGGCAUUGCCUGGGAGAGCGACCUGCAGUUCAACGCGCACCCCCUCUGCAUGGUCAUAGGCCUCGUCUUCCUGCAGGGAGAUGCCCUACUGGUUUACCGUGUCUUCAGAAAUGAAGCCAAACGCACCACCAAGGUCCUGCAUGGGCUGCUGCACAUCUUUGCGCUCGUCAUCGCCCUGGUUGGCUUGGUCGCGGUGUUUGACUACCACAGGAAGAAGGGCUACGCUGACCUGUACAGCCUGCACAGCUGGUGCGGGAUCCUUGUCUUUGUCCUGUACUUUGUGCAGGUGAGAGAGCUGUCUUCCCAGGCCUGUGUGGGUGCAAAGCUAGGAUUGGCGGCCAAGGGUGCCCAGCUCCCAGGCGCCCCAUGGCUGACUCAGCGUGUUUGGCCACAAGCCCAGCUUUCCGAAUCUUGGCUGGUGGGCUUCAGCUUCUUCCUGUUCCCCGGAGCUCCGUUCUCCCUGCGGAGCCGCUACCGGCCACAGCACAUCUUCUUUGGUGCCACCAUCUUUCUGCUUUCCGUGGGCACCGCCCUGCUGGGCCUGAAGGAGGCACUGCUGUUCAACCUCGGGGACAAGUACAGUGCGUUUCAGCCCGAGGGCGUCCUGGCCAAUGUGCUGGGCCUGCUGCUGGCCUGCUUCGGUGGGGCGGUGCUCUAUAUCUUGACCCGGGCUGACUGGAAGCGGCCUUCCCAGGCCGAAGAGCAGGCCCUCUCCAUGGACUUCAAGACGCUGACGGAGGGAGACAGCCCCGGCUCCCAGUGAUGCACUGGGCCGGCCCUGGGGGUUCACGGGGUGUCUUCUUGCCCGCUCCUGCUAAGGCAUCUUCAGGAUUGCAGGCUCCGGAGAGUGGCUCUGGCAGCAGGCGGGUGGGUGGGCGCAGCUGCGUCUAUUUGAGUGCUGCUUUCUGGGGUCAGGUCUCUGCCUCCUCUGCUUCUCCUUUCUCUGCUGCUAUAGACCAGUUCAUUGUGUGUAGCUCCCGUGUCUCUGUUGCCCCCUUCAGUGCAGAAGGCUUUGGGUAGGACUUCGGGUGGCCAGUCCUGGUCUCAGAGCACAGGUCUUUAAAGAAGCGAGACAGGAGGACCCACCCUCCCGGCAGCAGAUGCCUGGGGCAAGGCCAGGGGAAACUGGGGGGGCCUCAGGGACAGGCCUGGAAAGGCCACGAUGGCUGCUGAAUUCAAACAAAGAGUCCCUCCAGCCCAAAUAACACGUGGCACGAAUGGGCCCAGCCUUUGGCAGAGGAGCAAGUGAUAUGAUGUGUAAAGUAUGUUGGUGGUGAGAGCAAGGUUCCCCAGGAGAGGGGAGGGACUGGCCCCUGGGAAGCUCUGAGUGAGGCUGUGGCCCAGCUGUAGUCCUGACCUUCCUCUUCUUUAACCCUCUAGCCCUAGGACGGCUUUGGUGGAGAGGGGAUAGAAGCCCAUGACUUCAGACAGACUUUCUCCCGGCAGAUGGAGGCAGGCCUUCUCCCGGGCUGCUCCAGACAGGGGAGUUGGGAAUAGGGGGCACCUUGCAGCCCCUUCCUGCUGGGGCUCCCUCCUUGCAGCACCCCCCUUGCAGCUCAGCUCUGGUUUCCUUUCCCAGGCUCACCCAGGCUCUGCUCAGGCUGGGAGGCAGAGAGCACAAACCGUAGAAUUUUUUAAAUGAAAAACCGCUGCUUCUGGCUGUGGCUGGGGCCCCUGGGGCUGCUGGAGCUGCUGCCUCUGUUCUGGAGGACGAGGCUUCUCCUCCUUCCCUGGUGCCCGUCUCUCCAGGAAGUCAGGACUGAGGCAGAACCAGGUCAUCCCCUGUGGCGUCUCUACAUCACUGUAGCCGCAUAGAGUGUCAUGUUAGCUGAGCCACCAUUUGGCUUUGGCCCGGAAAUAGUGUGAGUAAAACAUUGAUCAAGACCAUCCUGACGAACACAGUGAAACCCCAUCUCUACUAAAAAUGCAAAAAAUUAGUUGGGCAUGGUGAUGGGCGCCUGUAGUCCCAGCUACUUGGGAGGCUGAGGCAGGAGAAGGGCGUGAACCCGGGAAGUGGAACUUGCAGUGAGCCGAGAUCAUACCAUUGCACUCCAGCCUGGGCGACAGGCUCAAAAAAAAAAAAAAAAAAAAAAGAACAUUGAUCAUUGAUCAUGUGCUUCUUGGAUCUGGUGACUUGGUGACUGUUCUCUCCCUGUUUUCCUUGUUUUGGGGGGUUUGAGGAGCAUGACUUAGCUUGAGACAGACACAGUGUACUUCAGUGAAGAACUUAAUACAAUUUCCAAACCUGAUGACCUUAGAGAAAGGGGCCAGUGUUCUCUAAUGCUCGCAUUUCCCGUAGUUGGCUUUUGCUGUGGCUCCUGCCUCAGGCAAUGUCAUUUCUGAGAGCAGGUGGUUGUAGUCCAGGCCCCUCCCCAGCAGGGGCUGCCCAGGCUCCUUCCAGCCCCUUUCCCCACCUCCUCUCAGCCUGCCUGGAUGACAGUGUUCGCCUCCUGUUUAGACUGUACACUCUUCAGGGGCAGGGGCACCGUCAGUUCUUUCAUGAGCUGGCACGCACAUGUAUAGUGAAAUGUUUACGUUCGGGAAGACUCCGCCUUAGACAAACUACCAAAGUACAAUCGUGUCUCUCCCUAGCCAGAAUGCUACAGAGAGAAAUGGAACCUCAGAUUAGCAACAAAAGUCUGUAAACUGGUCUGUUUGCCAAAGUGAACACUGGAUGACUAAGGAACCGAAGAAGGCCCCCAGAAGCAGAUUUGUGGUGGGUUAUUUUAUUUUGCCUGUGGCCAAUCUUCUGUGAAAUACAAUGUGCUGUUGGUGCAACAGAUGAUUCAAUAAAUGUCUACAGCAGA